CUCUCCUCAGCAAGCAACAUGGCAUUCAGGUUCGUCGCUUUCGCCGCCCUCGUGGCCGUCGCUAGGGCUGGAGUCGCGCCUCUGGCCUACUCCGGCUACGCCGCCGCCCCCCUGGCCUACGCCGCCCCCCACGCCGUGGCGCACGCCGCCCCUCUGGCCUACGCCGCCGCCCCCGUCCUCCACAAGACCGUGGUCGACACCGACUUCGACCCUCAUCCCCAGUACAGCUACGCCUACGACGUCCAGGACGCUCUGACCGGCGACUCCAAGAGCCAGCACGAGAGCCGCGACGGCGACGUCGUCCACGGCAGCUACUCCCUCAACGAGGCUGACGGCACCCGCCGCACCGUCGACUACACCGCCGACCCCGUCAACGGCUUCAACGCCGUCGUCCGCAAGGAGCCCCUCGUCCACGCCGCCCCCGUCGUCGCCAAGGUCGCCGCCCCCGUCGCCUACGCCGCCCCCGCUGUGCACGCCGCCCCCGUGGCCUACGCCGCUCACGGCUACGCCGCCCCCGCUGUCCACGCCGCCCCCGUGGCCUACGCCGCUCACGGCUACGCCGCCCCCGCCUACGCUGCUCACAGCUACGCCGCCCCCGCCUACGCUGCGCACAGCUACGCCGCCCCCGCUGCCUACGCCGCCCACGGCUACGCCGCCCCCGCGUACUACCACUAAGCGAUGUUCCUUCGAGUGCCACAAAAAUGUCACAAGCACUUGUGUAUAUGUUGUACAUAACGUCGAUCUCUGUGAUGAAAAUCAAAAGAACUGAAUAAAAAUUAUAAAAGACCUUAAA